AUGAGACCGAAGAAUGAAACCAGGAGGUUGAGAAGCGGGAGCUUAGUGAUAAAGGAUGCCAAUGCCAUUUCUAACGCGCAUUCAGACCGGAAGAGAAAGGUGCCGUCAUCUUUUGAUGGUUAUGGUAAGGAAAACAACAUUUUAGAUGACAUUGCCGUGGAAGCUCCAUCUGAGGCAGAAUUGACAGUGAUCCUCGAAAGUAAUUUUGAAGCACAAUUGAAUCCCAGAAAUUUGACAGUCUUGCAGAAGGAGAUUUUGAACAAUGAGUCUAAUAAUAUUAGCUGUGGUCAUUCUUUAUGUAGUGGUGACCAUAGGCAUCAAGUACAACUUCGUCUGUGGCUUUUUAUUCGAGAUGGAAUAAUAGCAGACGGCCACUCCAAUUUCAGAUCUCUUUGCUACUAUGACCAGGUUUACAAAAGAGUCGAUCCAAAUUGGAUCAUGCACAUAGAACCAAUCUCCAGCGAAAAGAUACCCCAAGGCUAUGAAGAUUUUCCGAUCCAGCAGUUAUCGAUACCCACCAUAGAAAUAAAUCACAUCACCCAGGAGCCGCGCAUACAGGAUUUACAAGUUGAUAUCGGAGACGUCCUAGAAAAUGAGCACACCAGAAUCCCAUCAAGUCUCCUCGCUAAGAGGAAUUUAAAGUCCAUCUUUGAUCAAACUCCCAUUAAAGCUGAAAAGAUCUUAUCACAGGGGUCCACAUCUAGUUCCGAGGAUUUACGAGAAGAGUUAAUUGCUCCUAAUGAGAAGAGAUGCACAAUUUUCAAGAGACUGGGUAUCAUGGGAGGGCUUGAUAUCCCCAGGCUUCCGGGUUCAUAA